GCCCACAACCUGCUUCUAACUUUCAAGAAGCGACUUUCGAACUCUCCAAUGAGGGUGAGAUCUAAGCGACCCUUCUUGGUGGGCUCUGAGGCAACGAGACCCGUUCUGCGGCCCUAACCGCCGUAGCCCCAUGCAUGAGUGGCAGUGUUCUUCGGACUCGUGAAGGUUCCGGUUGGCGGCGUUUACCAACAAGAUAUGCGUUUCCAGGCUCAUCGUCUGGUAAACUGUCGCCAACACCUCCAGGCCCCCCCCUUGCCCCCUUCACAAUGCCCGUAUCAAGGAAAGUUACUGUUAGGGUGCUCCUAGGUACCAUCAGGAGACACCUCGCCACAUCAGGCUACCGUUCACCGCCUCUAAGGGCCUACGGCGGAACUGUUAGGGCCUCCCUCUUCUGGAGCAGCAUAGCAGUAGAGUGGCAAAGGGAUGCACUGGGGCCCUCGUUCAUACCAGGGCAGUCGGAUUUCGGACCUUCUAGCAGUAGGUGUUAUCCGCCUACGUGGGCGUUACCAGCAACUCCAGCGCCCGCAUGGCGCCGCCUGGCGUCUAUCCUGGGCAUAGAGCGCUACGCCACGGCGACGACUUUUAGUUUCCAGAAAUUCGAAUUGGAACAACGGAACGCACUUCUCGAUUCUACUCCAGGCGCUAAAACUUGACUUUAAGAUGUCGAGGAAGAGGGAGAAGAGCCCUGAAGAACAAGCCCCAGACAACAGCAAGAGCAAUAACAACUACGAGAUAGCAAUAUGGAUCAAGAUGCAAACAAGCCCGCAGCGACCUCGCUAGUCCCUGAUGCGGAACGUCUACGAAAGGAUAGCAAGAGAAGAGGAACGUUGUUCUCUCAUCGCAAGAAGGCGUUGUUCCGGAAAGCAGAUCGUAUUUUCCAAGACUGCGAUGCCAAAGUCUACACCUUUAUCGAGCGGAAGGGCCGCAUCUGGAUCUACACCAGCCAUCCCUCAGACAAUACCUUGCCCCGUAGUCAAGCGUCACUAGUGAGGUCCUCCUCUGUCCUUGCCUUGCUGAAUGCACUA